ACGCCGAUCACAACUCCGUCAUUUAUGCCGGUGUCCGCUUCACAUGGAGCCAGACCUAUGACCGCUGCCGCCGACUUGCCGCCUCCCUCCGGGCUCUCAACAUUGCCAAGAACGACAUCGUUUCGGUGAUAGCCCCAAAUGUUCCAGCAAUGUACGAAAUGCACUUUGCGGUGCCGAUGGCGGGGGCGGUGCUGAACACCGUCAACACGAGGCUCGACGCGAAGAACAUCGCCACCAUUCUCAAGCAUUCUGAAGCAAAGGUGUUUUUCGUGGACUACGAGUACGUGGAGAAGGCGAGCAAGGCAUUGGAGUUAAUGAUGGCCGAAAAUACACCUAUGCCGUUGGUCGUUGUCAUUGAUGACAUCGCCGCCCCCACCGGAAUCCGGCUAGGCGGCCUUGAGUAUGAGGAGUUAAUACUCCGCGCCCGUGGUUAUCAGGGCGCGGAGGAGGAAGGGAGCGAUGUGGCCAUCGACGACGAGUGGGACGCGAUCACCUUGAGCUACACGUCCGGGACGACAUCUCAGCCGAAGGGAGUUGUGUACAGUCACCGGGGAGCCUUUUUGAGCACGUUGAGCUUGAUCUUGGGAUGGGAAAUGGGGAUCCAGCCUGUUUAUCUCUGGUCACUCCCGAUGUUUCACUGCAACGGCUGGACCUUCACCUGGGGGGUCGCCGCCCGUGGCGGAACCAACGUCUGCAUACGCAACACCACCGCCAGGGACAUAUACGACAGCAUUGCUUCUCACGGCGUGACGCACAUGUGUUGUGCGCCGAUUGUUUUCUCCAUUCUCUUAGAAGCCAAGCCGCCCGAGCGCCGGGAACUGCCUGCUCCGGUCCAGAUCCUCACUGGCGGGGCGCCGCCGCCUCCGCCGCUCCUCAGGAAAAUCGAGGGUCUGGGAUUCCGCGUCGCCCAUGCCUACGGCCUCACCGAGGCAACCGGACCGGCUAUGGUUUGCGAGUGGCAGGGGAAAUGGAACCGGUUGCCGGCGGAGGAGCAAGCCGGGUUGAAGGCGAGACAGGGGAUUAGCAUACUCACACUCGCCGACGCCGAUGUGGUCUCCGACCUCAAGACAAUGCGGCGAGUUCCGCGCGACGGCCGGACAAUGGGCGAGAUCGUGAUCCGUGGCAGCAGCAUCAUGAAGGGCUACUUCAAGAACGACGCGGCCAACGCCGACGCCUUCAGAAACGGGUGGUUCGUCACCGGAGACGUUGGCGUCAUCCACCCCGACGGCUACCUCGAGAUCAAAGACCGGUCCAAAGACGUCAUCAUCUCCGGCGGAGAAAACAUAAGCAGCGUGGAAGUGGAAAGCGCGAUCUUGAAUCUUGCUGGCAUUUCUGAGGUCUCCGUCGUCGCUAUGCCGCACCCCAGAUGGGGCGAGAGCCCUUGCGCCUUCGUAGUCCUGCAAUCUGCCGGAAAACGGACAGAAGCGGACCUAGUGGCCCAUUGCCGGAAAUCUUUGCCUGGAUACAUGGUUCCCAAGAAGUUCCAGUUUGUGACGGAAUUGCCCAGAACAUCUACCGGAAAAGUUCAAAAGCACCUCCUAAGGGCGGCGGCGAAGACAUUGGUCAUCACUGAAAAUGAUAAUAAGUCUAAAGAACCGAUUAGUAACCGGACUAACCGAACAAUUAACACACAAAGGGAGCGGAUAUAUCCUAAUCACCAUUAUCCGGAGCAGAGUAUCCUUGCUCUGUCCCGCUUAUAAUUUAGGGUACUGCAAGGGCUUGUAUGUCAAAUUUUGACUUAGCCGAUUGUCAAUUUUUAGUUGAUUGGGACAUCGUUGUUGUUUUUAGUUUUAAUGAAUGUACAUAUUAUAUUUGUCUAUUCAUAAUAAGGUUCCAGACUUGAAGUACAUUAGAAAAAACAAACAAUGCUCUAUAAAUGAAUAUAGGAGUAUACUCCUUUCGUCCUAUAAAAUAAGUCUCACUUUCCU